CUGGCGCGGUUGUUGAAAACAAACCCGGGGAGACUUUGUUGAUAUGACGCUGGCAGACAACCACUCACUGGACAGAGGAGCCGCCUCGAUCCACUGUUAAGCUUUUACAACGGGGAAAGUUUCUAGAAUAUUUCCUGAACAUGGAGCUAUCUUCCAUAAUCAGGAAAAUAGGCCACUCUUUGGUGGAGAUAAGAGUUCGUGCAUUGAAGAGCAUCUUGUGCAAGCUGGACCAUUCCCUGAUUUCCGUCUGCGACAUUGUGCAAGAAAAGAUGCUGUUUGUGCAUCUCCUGGAGUGGUUCAAUUUCCCCGAGGUGCCCAUGAAGGAGGAGGUCCUCGAACUGCUUUUAGCUUUAUCAAAGCAUCCUAGCGCAGCACAGAUGCUGAGAGACGUCAACGCCGUAGACUUUCUCACCCAACUAUCACCAAACGUGGAGCCCAGACUGCGAGCUGUCAUUGAUGGGACCCUGGACCAGCUGUUCCAGCUACCUGAGCUACUCCCUAGUCGUGCGGUUGUCUAUUCGCAUGGACCGCAUCAGACAACUCCAACAGAUGCAACAGUUGUUUCACCUGAGGAGAAUUUGCCUAAGAUGGGUUAUUUCCACAAGAGCACGCCAAGCAGUGCGGACGUAGUGCCUCAGAGGAUAGCAGUUCAUGAGUCUGUGAGAUGUCUGAAGUUUUCUGUGUUUCCAUGGCUGGCGUUGACAAAUACAGACAGACACAUACUUUCAUCGAAUGAGAACUCUCUGGGGAGCAGCAAUCCCAACUUGGUGCGGACGACGUGUGAACUUCUAUGUGAUGUAAUUAUGCAAGACUUUCCCGCUGAGAUCUUUCUGCAAAGGCCCAACAUUGUAAAGAACCUGCUGUCCCUGUUGAGACUGGGUUCGGGUGAAGGUGAGGCCAGCUACCUCCACUUGCCGGCUCUUUCCUGCCUGCAGCAGCUUUGUGUGGGGUUAAGGAAGAGACUGCGCUUUCAUCAAGAUCCAAGCUUCUACUCUGCAAAACAAGAUCCAGUGUCCCAGAACUCGUCCUUCUCUUACACCCACGAGGUUCUGGGGAACCAGCGUUCCCAGGCCUCCUCUCCUGGGGCCGAGUGCUCUCCCCGUCCGUCCGUGGUGGGUCGCACCGGCCAGAGGGCCAGGGGAGACGGCCAGGACGGAGACGCAGCUUCUAACAGUGGGAGCUCCCACGUAGGUGGAGCAGCAGCAGCCGCCCAGGCCCCCGCACAGACGCUGCAUUCGCCUGCAGACGUGGCCCCCGUGGAUCUGCCUGACCUGGGCGUCGAAGACGUCCUGGAGAUGCAGCUACGUCAGCUGACUGUGGCUCAGUUUACUGUAGCCACCAUGGAGCGUGCCAUACCUCUGCUUAAAACUGAAAGUCUGCCCGUGUUCCACCGUGUUCUGGAGCUGCUGUGCGACGCCGUCCUCCUGCUCGGGGACAGCGUCUGCGAGCUGGUCUGGGACGAGCGCAGCCUGGUGGGGAUGGAGCUGAAGGAGAAGCUGCAAGCCUGCAUGGAACUACUGGGAGAUAUCCUGAGCUACCACCAGAGCUGUUCAGCAGAUAUUCCCCAGACUCACCACAGACUGGCCUACGCUGGCGCUGCCAUAUUCACCGUUAAACUCCUGCAGACCAUCCUCCCUCCAGAGAAGGCUAGUGAGAACCUCCCAGAAAACACGGCUACAGCUAUUUUCCACUUAUGCUUGGACUCGUCAUUGGGAGGAUUAUUACCCAGCAUGCAAGAGACAGCAGUGGCCUACUUGGAGCAGGUGAACUCAGACAGCCACGAGCUCUACAGGAGGGUGACCCGGGCCUCUCUCUGGAUGGAAUCCACUUGUAAUUUCCUCAAAGAAGCUCAAGCUGAGGGCGAAAAGAACUGGUUGGAGUUGCUGGAGCUGGCAGACCAAGCCAUAGACGGCCUCCCGUUUCACGGGCACUUGCCCGUCGUUACAGAAUGCGUCCACGUUUGCUCUUACCUGUGGAAGUUUGACCAGCCCAGCCCCCUCCUCCAGACUGAAAGCCAAAAACUCCUCCUCAAGCUGCUGUCCCAUCCUUUACUGGACGUCAGAACGGAAACAUAUGAAUGCACUUUAAACCUGGUCAAGGACUGCCUCGGCAUCCAGAAUGUGUCACGACAGGAUCCAGCAGCGUGUGCCGGAGUCAACUUCCUUCUCCACCACAGGGUGCUCUAUGAAAUAAUCACCUUCGGUCUCCAAGACUCCUCGGAAAAGGUGACCACUGCCGCCAAGGAUGUCCUGCUAUUUCUGCUCAAGGGACGAUUGAUGAUGACGCCGUCGACCUGGGACAGAUUCAACGAGGCACUUUACCCGGUCAUGCCCAUACUGCAGGGUUACGCCAGCACUGAAGAGUCACUGGGAAACUGUGUCCUGCUGAUAAGUGACAUGACGGACGUGGCAAGAGACGACGUGUUCCCGAGUACGGCCAAGCUACAAGCAGCGCUGCGACUUCUUUUCACCAAACAGCCCACUGUGAGAAUCGCAGCGGUGCAACAAAUCCUGCCCCAUCUAACCAGCAGUGAGGGGGCAAACACAUCCAGACCAGACCUGGAUCAACCCACGAUUUCCUCUCUCCCAAACCUCUACUGCCUCAGAAACCCUUUAGACGUCUCACUUGACACCAGCGGCAAGUCCGUCCUGAAGGUGGAGUCGGUGGAGAAGCUGUUUUCCAUCUUGCACUCGGACACUGUUGACGUUUCCCUGAGAAGAUCAGCUGCAGAGCAGCUUUCUGUCGUGCUUCAAGACGCAUCAAUGCACCCGGUUCUGAAGAACCUCGGACUGGCGGACAAAGUCGUCUCCUUCAUUACGGGCAGCGUAAAUGGCAACAAGAGCUUAGAUUGUCUGCUGGAGCCUUGUGUAUGUAUCCUGAGAAAGCUGGUGUAUGCAGAUCCAUCUCUGAGGCACAGCCUGGCACAGCGCAACCUCCUGCUCCUCACUCUGCUCAGGGCCUCCUUGAUACUAAAGGAGAACAAAUCCAGUGGAAGUGAGAUUGCUGUCCUGAUGAGUUUACUGCUGUUUGAUGAGAUCGCCAGCAUUGAAAUAUGGUCAGACAAAUCCAACACAGACUCGACCAUCACGUCCUUCUCGUUACCACUGACAGUAACACGCAGGUUCAAUAUUCCAUUGCAAGCAGCGACUCAUCACGCCGUCAGCCCGUACCGCUGCGUCUUGGCUCCUUGCUCUGACCUGCAGACACUUAGCCCUGCCAGGCGAGCGCUGCAGGUGGCCUGGAACACUGCGUGGCAUUCAGGGAUCGAUAGCCUCCUGGAGAAGCUGCGUGGCGCUGCCAGUGAUGCUGAACAAUUUCAUCCUGACUUAAAGCUGUCAGAAGUUCAGAUUCUGUGGCUGCAGGCUGUUCACCUCCCCACCGCGCUGCAGGACUGCAUCCAGACCAUCGUCACCGCGGAGGGACACAGCUCUGUGGCCUCUGCCCUCUCCAGGCUCAGGCUCUACCUGCUGAUUGACAGGCUGGUUCUCCCUCACGUUCCCACCCACAGCUGCAGAAACACCCUUCGCUCUCUCAGUUGGCACCCGGCAGUGACCAGGUUUCUCCAGGUGUGUCCAGCCUCUGUCGAGGAUGAAAGGUUGCUGGUGGGCAUUGUUGCAUUUUUGAACGCCUACUUCAGACAGAUGCACACGGAGUUCGUGUGUGACCCAGAGGACGAGGACCUGCGCUGGAUACUGGAGCUGCUCCUCAGCCGGGAGACGGUGUCGCUCCUUAGUUUGCUGCUCGGCGUGGAGACGCACACCUCAACCCACAGCCCGGCCGAGCCCGAGGAGCUGAAGAACCACGUGAGCCAGAGACUGCAGAGAGAGCUCAUCGGCUUCUUCAACACCUUACUGCUCCGACUAACGCACACCACCGACAGGCUAUGUUUGGCGUUAGCAGGUCCCUUCAAGAGCCAGCUGGCAGUCCGCUUGCUUCAGAGCCUGCGGGUAUCCGACGCCCCGCGUUUCUAUGGCCUUCCCAGCCUUGAGAGGACGCUGCAGGGCAUGGUCUGCCUGACCGCCCAGCCCGGCUGGAGCUCCCACUGCCCCGACCUGGAGCCCAGCUCCCUCUGCUCCAAGUAUCUCAGCGGAUUGUUGGAGGUGAUCUCGUCGUUUUAUGUGGAGUGGGGAGGGAACUCGUUGUCUUUCAUGGGGAAAGGUGUGACAAAGAACGCUGUCAUCUGCUUGCUUCACCUGUCCCAUGAGAUGAUGUCUGAAAACAAGGACAAGGAUCUGAUUUCCCAGUGGUCCUUGGGGAACGAGGCAGCAGCUGAGGAGGCGAGUGACUCGCAGUUGUGUUUGGCCUGGCUCAUCCCGCUGUGGGUGGACCGAGAUCAAGAGGUGAGAUUUGCCAGCUUGGGUUUAGGUGCGGCUCUGUCCUCGAUGCCCAGCGGGUGCCAGGCUUUAUGUGUCAGCUGUCAGAACAUCAGCGGAGGUCUGUGGGGCACCUUGCUCAACAUCCUCCUGGAUCAGCAGGAGAGCAGCAUGGUCCGCAGAGAGGCUGCAUUUAUCCUGCAGAACUUGCUGGUGAUGCCCAUGCCUGCCAACGCAGAGGAGGCCAAGGACUCCCACUGGCAGCAUCCAUGUGUCCACGACGAGGCGUCAGGCGUGUCUCUGGUGGGUCUUCCAGCGCUGCAGGCUCUGCUCUACCACUGUCAGUAUUUCCAGCACGUGGCUCUCUCUGCCUCUAGUUGUUAUCGUGGCAGGUACGCUUUCCACCUCCAACCUCACGCUGGCGUUAACAGCGGCCCCUGCCCUCAGGAGAGCACUUCAGUGGAUUCUGAGAAUUCUCUGUGGUGGAGAUACGAACCACCCGCACCCACCGUCACCUCUAGCAGGCCUUCCAGCUCCCUCUCCACCUCCAGCACUGUGAUAAGAGGUUCAGGGCUGCACAGCCCUAAGGCUCCCUCCCCACUGAGCGUCGCAGAAGAUACCCCCGCCAACAGACUGAUGGCUCAAGGCCAGAGUGACACGGACUCGAGCAACUCGGUCGCCUCGCAGGACUCCCGACAGGGCGAACCCUCGGCCGUGGAACCCGUCGUCAUGGUAACUCCUGACCUCCUCACGGCCCACUGUGGCCUGCUGACCAACCUGCUGGCCGUCCUGCCAGACUUCACCCUCGCCGCCAUCCGAAAUAACCAGCUCCUGCAGGUCUUUGCCAGUCUUGUGGAGGUCGGGCCGAUCGAGAAGUGUCUGACUCAGCUGAAGACUCCCACCAUCCUUCCAGCAGAGAGAGAAGACCUGAAGAGUCAGCUUUUCACUUUACUUCAGUUCCUGUCCGGCUUCUCCAAACUGCUGAGGUCGUGUGUCAUGAUGAGCCAGGAGCUGAUUGGCCAGAUGGACUUUUCCAAGCAGCUGUCGUCCACUCUGGUGUCUGUGCUCAUGCUGGAUACCAAAGGAUUAGAUCCAGGUGCCCAGGAUGUGGUGUGCGUGUGCUGGGCAGACGUGUUUAUGCUCCUGGCUACUCUGUUGAAGAGGGACGGCUCGGCAGCGCACCCAUCUGUCUCUGCAGCGCUGGGGAGGCGCUGGCGGACUUUUACGGGAACGCUGUCCGUGUGCGUCUCUGACAAGUUUUCAAAUGCCCUCCUUCACACGGUGGCUCUGCAGUUCCUCUGCACCAUUUUCACGGAGGAGGCGAAGAGUCGGCGCGAAGAGGUUUCGAUCUCAAACUGUAAACAUGCCACCUCUCUGUCAGACACCCUUAACGGGCCCUCAGCCGCCGAGCUCUGCGAGCUUUUACUGCAGAGUUUUGAGAAGAGGACUCUUCAGGACCCUCUGAAGAAGCUCACAGCCAGAGCUCUGAUGUUGCUCCUCGCCUGCAGUCCCGUAGCUCAAAACUACGCCGCCAAAGCUGGGUUAAUCGACAGCUGUGUGGAGCAAAUGAAGCAAACCUACUCCCAGCUCCACCUGGAGUCCGUCCGACCCGGCAAAGCUUCUCACCGCAAAAAGGAAGAGACGUAUUUAAAGGAAGUCAAGAUGAGCGUGGAGAUCCUGCGGAGCGCUCUUUACCGUAACGACGGAUGCAAAGUGGCGGCCACAGAUGCCCGCCUCACACCGGCGCUCUACGCUCUCUGGCCGUGGCUCCUAUUGGACGACGCCACCAUGGAGGCGGCGCUGGAGCUUCUGUGUGUCUACACAGCCGACUGCACAACAGCAUGCAGUUCUCUUUGUGGCAGUGGUCCUGGUGUAGUACCAGGAUCUAAAGGCUCCUCGGGCAGCUCCCUGAUGCACUCCGUCAUGAAGCUGACCACAGGUCUUUCUGCCGAAAACAGCCCCAUCCAGAAACUGUCCUUCUGUCUCUUGGCCAACCUGUCCAUGUCCCGAGACUGUAGAGGCGUCCUGCAGAAGAAUAAUUUUCUUCAGGCCUUCCUGUCGGUGCCGGUGCCCAAAGCGGGCGGGGUUAAGCCCGCGGGGGGCGGAGCCAGUCUGCCGGGCCUGUGGCUGAGGCUGCUGGUCGGUCUCUCGUUGGCGGAGGACGGUCAGCAGAGUAUCCUCAGAGUGACCGGGGUCCUGGAGCUGUUGGCAGACUUGGCUCCACAUCGGCGACACGCGCUGCUCACCCUCCACAACCUCUGCUUCUGUCCCGCCAACAAGUCGCACAUCAUCGCCAGCGAUAAAGCCAUGAAGGUUUUGCUCGGCUGCUUGGAAAACAAAGAUACAGAAACCCGCUGCAUGGGAGCUUCUGCGCUUUGGGCUUUGCUUCAUAACAACCAAAGGGCAAAGACUGCUUUGAAGUGUCCCUCUGUUCGAUUGAGAGUUGAGGAGGCGCACGCCGUGUCUAAGAAGGAGAAGAAGCAGGAAGCCACCAACGCCCACCUGCUCAAGUGCCUCGAAAACCUUUCCCAGCUGUUAAAUAGCUAAACGGAACAUUAUUUAUGUUGUUUUGUGUUGUGUCUUCAUGUGGAUAUUAAAGUAAUUUCACCUUC